AUGUCAGGAAAUAAAGUAGUCUUGUCGGAUGUGGAGACUGCUUCUUCAAACAAGUCUUCCCAAAACUUUUCUGUUGCUCCACCUAGACCUCCACGAUCGCUGCGGGAAAAAGUACUUACAAAAUCUACUUUAACAAAAGCAACUCCUAGCGAGAAGUUGUCGCAGCCAUCAUCUCAUCCUGCAACAGGAAAACGUCCAGCGGACUCUGCUCCGACAGACGCAUCCAUAACAAGCAAAGAAGCUUCUUCGCACACCCCCACUCUGCGAACUAAAAUGUCGGAAACUUCUGUUAAAAGCGACAGCUCGAUCCGAUCCUCCGUUUGUGACCUCGACCUUUGCGGCUCUCGACAAAUUUUCCAAUCCGAGCUCUAUGCCUUGCUCAGGGCGACCAAACUAGCUGAAUCGAGCACCGAACCUGUCGUAAACAUCAUGAGCGACUCAAGAUCUUCGCUCGAUCUGCUGGCGAACUCUAAAGCAAGCCACCCCCUAUCAAAGGCCAUUCAAGAAAGCAUAGGGAAGAUGAGAAAUGAUGGAAGAGUGAUACGGCUGUUUUGGUUGAGGGCUCAUGUAGGCACGUCUGGAAAUGAGAGAGCCGAUGAGCUCGCCAAGGCGGCGGCACUGCGGGAGAAAGCCACUCUAGACUAUGACAAAAUCCCCAUGUCCUACGUUAAAGUGAAAAUCAGAGAGGAAACCGUUAAGGGCCAUGCGGGCGACGCUGGUAACGAAAUUGCUGAUGAGACAGCCAAAGGCGCUGCCACACAACACAAAACCCCUGACUACGCGAAGUUCCCUAUGAGCUUUGUAAAAAGGACUAUGAGGGAAAAAACUUGGAGAACUUGGCAGACAAGAUAUGAAAGCGCGGAACAAGGAGCGCGCACUAAAGAAUUACUCCCUAAACUGACGGACAUUUGUGCACUGUGGAAAGCAACCAAAAUAUCAUUUCAAUUAACGCAGGCAUUAACAGGUCACGGCUACCACAAGGAAUAUCUGCAUAGAUUCAAAAUCGCUGCUGAUCCAUUCUGA